AUCAAGAAGAAAGUUCUUUACAAAGACUAAGCACAAAAAGAUUUGAAAAGAAAUUUCAAAGCAUGUGGACUGACUCACUGGACAACUGCGUCAGAAUUAACCUUUCCUUCUCUUUAUUUUAUUGAAUGACCAUCACUUUUUGUUUAUCCGAGUAAAAGGAUGACAUGAUUUGUCACCUACUACCCAGGCUGCCCAGCUACCCAAGCUUGAACACAAGAUUGCGGUGGGCUGGGAAGGCAAUCGGAAUUCAAAGUCUUUGCGUUUACCUGCAGAAAAUUUCUCUUAGAUUACAACGUCUAUGGGUUUCUGCUCAUCGUCACAUGAAUGCCUAAUAGCACAGACAGAAAAAUGGCCAUUACUAGCGGAAACCCAGUUAUUGUUCCUCUUUGUUCAGUCUUAAUCUUAUUCCACCAUCCCGUUUUAGUGUGUCAUGCUGCCAGCACAAUCACACGGGGCCAAGUGAUAAGAGAUGGUGAAACUUUGGUUUCUGCUCACCAGAUGUUCGCUCUUGGGUUCUUUAGCCCUGGGAAUUCUACGUAUCGAUAUCUCGGAAUAUGGUACCACAAUGUUUCUGCGAAAGAUGUGGUUUGGGUGGCUAAUAGAGCAAAUCCAGUGUCUGGUAAAGAUGGAGUCUUAAAGAUUAGAAAUGAUGGGAAUUUGAUGGUUUUAGAUGGGAGUGGGAGUUCAGUUUGGUCAACUAAUGUUUCAACUGGUAUAGCUGAGAAUUCUACUGCAACUCUAUUGGAUACAGGAAAUCUUAUACUCUCUAGCAGCAAAAAUGUUGAUGAUCCUAGUGAGGCCUACUGGCGGAGUUUUGAAGAUCCAACUGACACGUUCUUGCCAGGCAUGAGAGUGGAAAUGGCUGCCAAUAGUGGUGAGGAACGCAUCUUCACUUCGUGGAGAUCUCCUAAUGAUCCUUCUCUGGGAAGCUACUCGAUGGGCAUUGAUACUCAUGGAUUACCUCAGGUAGUGAUAUGGGAGCAUUCAAAACGGUGGUGGAGAAGUGGACAUUGGGAUGGGCUAAUAUUCACAGGCAUUCCUAGUAUGAGACCUCUCUUAUGGUACGGUUUUAAGCUUUCAACUGACGACAAUGGGAGUAGGAAAACGCAUUUCGCAUAUACUGUACCAAACAGGUCUGAUAUUGUGAGAUUUUCGUUACAAUGGGAUGGAAAGGAGCAGCAACUAAGGUGGGACGAAGGCGCAGGGAACUGGCGUAUAAUGCAAUCGUUUCCCACUGAUGAGUGCAAUGUGUACAAUAAGUGUGGUAACUUUGGCAGCUGUAACGUGAUGGAUGCUACUAAAUGCAGUUGUCUUGAUGGGUUUGAGCCUCGAUACAUUGAUGAAUGGAACAAAGGAAAUUGGUCAGGUGGGUGUGUUCGGAGGACUCAGUUACAAUGUGAACGGAAGAGAAGUACGGAUGAAGAUACAUUCUUAGAAGUGAAGGGGGUCAAGUUGCCUGAUUUGGCAGAUUUGGUGAUGUUGGACAGGAAGGGGUGUGAGGAAGAGUGUUUGAAGAAUUGUUCGUGUACCGCAUAUGCAUCUGUAAGUGGAAUUAACUGCAUGCAAUGGAGUGGGGAUUUGGUUGAUAUUCAGCAAUUUUCUGUAGGAGGGAACACACUUUAUAUACGCGUAGCUGAUUCUGAAUUCAGCAGCAAGAGAAUAGUGUCCGAUUUUGUUAUAAUUACAAUUGCAGUUGCUGGAACAAUAUUCGUAAUCGCAUGUACUUGGCUGGUGUGGAAGCUCAAAGAAAAAUUGAAAGUGUCCUCAAAUACAUCCCAGACGAACAGCUUAAGACAAAUAUUUGAUUCAAGCGGAAGUAAAGAUUUUUCCAAUCAAUUUUCUGGACCAGGUGACCUUAUUGGAGAAGGGAGGCAACGGAAUGGACCAGAAUUACCAUUGUUCAAUUUCGACUGUGUAUCAAUAGCUACAAAUUAUUUUUCUCAUGAAAACAAACUCGGACAAGGGGGGUUUGGUCCUGUUUACAAGGGGAAGCUACCUGGAGGAGAGCAAAUAGCUGUGAAGAGGCUCUCAAAAUGGUCUGGGCAAGGCUUGGAGGAGUUCAAGAAUGAGAUUAUACUAAUUGCCAAGUUACAACACAGAAAUCUUGUGAGACUUCUAGGCUGCUGUAUUCAAGGGGAAGAAAAGAUGCUAAUUUAUGAAUACUUGCCCAACAAAAGCUUGGAUUGCUUUAUUUUUGAUCCAGCCAAGCAAGCACAACUAGACUGGAGGAAACGCUACACAAUUAUUGAGGGGAUUGCUCGAGGGCUCCUUUAUCUUCACCGAGAUUCAAGACUUAGAAUAAUUCAUAGAGAUCUAAAGGCAAGCAACAUUUUGUUGGAUGAGGAGAUGAACCCAAAAAUUUCGGACUUCGGCAUGGCAAAAAUUUUUGGAGGGAACCAAAAUGAAGCAAAUACAAGCCGAGUUGUUGGCACAUACGGCUAUAUGUCUCCGGAAUAUGCAAUGGAAGGUCUGUUUUCUGUAAAGUCUGAUGUCUAUAGUUUUGGGAUACUACUACUAGAGAUUUUAAGCGGCAGGAGGAACUCUAGCUUCCGUUCACAGGACAUCUCAAGCCUUGUUGGAUAUGCAUGGCAUCUAUGGAAUGAAGGUAGAAUAAUGGAUUUUGUUGAUCAAUCCCUGGGAGGCUCAUGUUCUCAAAGUGAAGUCAGGAGAUGCAUGCAUGUGGGGCUGCUGUGUGUGCAAGACUCUGCUGCUAAUAGACCGACAAUGUCAUCCGUGUUACUGAUGCUGGAGAGCGAAGCUGCAACUUUGCCACUUCCCAAGCAACCCACGUUUUCUUCAAUGAUGAGGUCCAUAGAUAUGGAUUUGUGUCCAGAAGGUCAUGAUUUUAUAUCCUCGAAUAAUGUAACAGUUACAGUCAUUGUUGGAAGAUGACACUUACAUCCUAUCUCCUGUGCUUUGCUCGUCUUCCCUUGUUUGUUCUCAUAUUCUACUCCUGGAAUUUUAUUUACCAUCCGAGAAGCUUUUAGAAAAAUGAUGAAUAAAGAAUAUUUUUUAACUCGGUAGGAAAAAA